AUGGGUAAUGAUUCUCACAUGAUUGCUCUGACUGUCUUUACAGCUCAGUGUUAUCAGAAUCUCACUCGCCAAAUUGAACAGCUUUCAUCAUCACAGCCUUCAACAAAUUCACUAAACAACACAAAUUCAAACCCAACUCCCACUCCGAUUCCAACUCUUCCACCGUGGAAACCUAAGGAGGCACUCAAGCAAUUGCUGGCAGACGCGGUCUUCGAUUUCAUAGGUUCUCCAGAGCUCCAAGCCUACACCAAUACUGAAGGCAUUCUUAACAUGCAAGGCCAGAGAGGAACCCUGACUCACUCACUUGAGGAGCUUGUUAGUGACCGUAUCAAACAACAGUCAGAAGCUUGGAAGAACACCAACUUACCAGAAGUCCGUGCUGGAAAUCAUACUCGAACACACAAAGACGUUGUUGCUGUCAUCAAGAAGAAGUGUAAAAUCGGUCGUGAAAACCUACACCACAUCCUUCUUCAAAAUUGUAAUUCAAAACAUGGCUCAACUGCGAUUGCGCUUCCGACGCUAAACAAAUUGCUUGUAUUGAUGGCUGAUUACCCUGGUCCUGGAAAACGAACUGCUACCGACUCUGAGGUCUUAAACAGUGCUGGCCUGGCUAAGAAGUCUCGCUAUGCGUAUUUGGUACAUGCUUCUUAA